AUGGAUAACGCUUCACAUCAUUCGACCUUGGCUGAAAAUUAUCCUAAGAGUAAUUCUAGAAAAUCGGAUGUACAAAAAUGGCUUAAAGAUAAAAAUAUUCCCUACAGUAAUCUAGAAAUAUUAGCCGAACUCAAAAUGAAGUUGGCAUUAGAAAGAGGUCAUGAGGUGAUACGACUUUCUCCCAAUCACAGCCAAUAUAACGCUAUUGAGUUGAUUUGGGCUCAAGUUAAAAAUGAAGUUGCCAAAAAAAAUAACACUUUCAAGAUGGUAGACAUUGAACGUUUGACUCAUGAAGCGUUAGAUUCAGUGACUGUACAAGACUGGGAGAAAUGUGUACGACAUGCAGAAACUAUUCAAUCGCAAGACUAUGAAAAAGAAGUUCACAGGGAUGCCAUAUUAGAACCUAUUAUAUUGACCAUAUUACCAGGUGAUAGUGAUUCAAGUGAUGAUGAAGACACAGAUAAUAAUGAAGACAUAUUUUGUAACUAA